AAACGCCUCCGGAAAAUGGUGAUUAAUCUUAUUGAUUUAAAAGUGGAUAAUGUUGAAAGAGAGAAAGCCGUAUUAGAGGUUAUCAAGAAACUAUAAAGAAUGAGCAGAAGAAGAGGAAGCGGCAGGUACCUCUCUUUGCACAAUUGGGGGCUCAAGAAGGUGGUGGUGCUAUGUUUUGGUCACCCACUAAGGUGCGCCAAGCAAGAGACCUUCUCCAAGAAAAGGAAGAUACAAAGGCACGUGAUAUAGCUUCCAAGGCAGAGGAGAAGGUACAGAAGCAACUAGCUAAGGAAGAGAAGGAGAGAAAUCUGGAGCGGAACCGUAAUCAGAGGGCUAUCACAAAAAAGCAAAAGAACGAUGCAGAGGUUCUUAAAGGGCAACAGAUGGAGGAGGCACGUGAGGCACGUGAGGUGGAGCAACAGCUCAAAGCGGGGAUGCAGGCAAUGCAGCAGAGGCAGAAGGUUAAGAAGGUUGUAUUCACUAUUCCUGAGGAGCCUACUGUUGAGCAGAAUUGUGGU